AUGGGCUUCAAAUUCGCAUUGUUCCUCUCAAGCGCUGCAUUGCGAAUGUUGGUGUCUUUGAAAGCAAAAUAUAGUCCAGGGCUCGCACCUUAUCAUAAACCGGGAAGAUCCAGCGGUGACAAGUCAAGAAGAUUCUUACCAGGUCCACUGAGGCCCAAGUCUCAAAGCAUUCAAAGCCUCCCAUAUCGAGCGGCGGCAAUCACUUUGUUUGCACUUGCAAGACGCGGACGACGAGGUCCAAUGCCAACAUGCCGACUGGAGCUUAUGGGCAUCCAUGACUCUUCAGGCUAUCAGAGGCAUGCACGCGGUUUGCUCCAAAAGGCGCAAAGUGCUGGUGUACUUUCUGGCCUCAAUAUCCCCAACAAGAAGCCAGGGGAGCCGCUCAUUGAAUGGGCCGGAAUACUUGUGAAAGAGCUUCCGGGCGUAGAGGUCACUGUACACUACAGCUUGAAGCAUCAACGAAGUUCAAACUCCGCAGAGGCCUUUCACGAAUGGUGCAUGGACGCCGCUAGAGUCGGCGUGCGCAGAGUUCUCCUUGUGACCGGGCCGAAUGGACCUCGCCAUGAUGCUGUCCGUGUUCUGCAGCAGCUUGGACGACCAGUGUCAGGGUUGCGCUACGGCGUCGCCUUCAACGCCUGCCUCCCAAGUGAGGCUGCAAGAGAAGCUGAACGACAGCGGUUGGUUCAAAAACUCCGCACAGGCGUUGUCCAAGACGUAUGGCUAAACACUGGAGUCGAUGAAGACUUGUUGAGAGAGGGCAUCCAAUUCGUCCGGGAGACAAGUACUCGGUUGGGUGUCCAAGUGGAGUUGUUCGCAUCUGCAAUGCUACCGAGCGUUGCGCAACUGCAGCAGAUGCGUGAACGGCCUUGGAAUGGCGUUCAGUUCAGUGAGGAGUUUUUGAGUUCUUUGCGGGGCAUGGCUCAAGCAACUAGCAAAGCUUUGGACGUUUUUCGCGACAACGGUGUGGAACCAAUCGUCGAAAGCAAGGCUAGGCCCUAGGCCCAAUGGAUCGCAAUGGUACGGGGUUUUGGAUGUUUUGGAUGGUGUAAAGCUUUGUAUAACAAAAUGGAGCAUCAAUGAAAAGCUGUGGACUGCCAACCAGGUGCGAACAAGCACAGACUUGAGCAAACUCUCCGCUAUCCUCGACAAUGACACAACGACGCUACAUGCUCUGAUAGAUGAGGAGAGUCCGCCAGCCAGUGCUGAGCGCGAAAAGCAAGAGAUCACAAAGAACAAAGUUCCUGAAGGCGCCCUAGGCCUUCGAAGGCCACCGAAGCAGGUUGAGGUUGCAGAACUGCAGCGCUUUCCACCAGUGAAGCGACGCUGGGGAAAUGGCCGACCCGAUGUGUAGCUGUGUAGCAUCGCAAUCGCAGCAGAUUAUAACAGCUUGAGAUGUCAUAGGCCACAGGACCUUUCGAACCGUGUACAGACCUUGUAAUGUGCAGAAGGUCCUGACAUCGAUGUUUUUCGGCUGCUUUCGACCAUGACGGAUGGUCCAUUUGUAUAGCAGACCUGCAGUCCCACGUGC